UCGAGAACUUCAGCGCACUACGGACUGUCCGUCUGUCUGUUAUCAAGUUGUAUAUCACAAGCAACUCUCUACACCAUCCUUGUUAUCAGGACACAUUACCACAAAAUGUUCUUGAGUCGACUUAGUCUUGGCCUGCUGUUCCUUCUUGUCACCAUGGCACUCGUAGAAGCCCUCGAUUGUAGGAAAUUCGUAUUCGCGCCGAUGUGCCGUGGUAUCAGUGCGAAGCGAUCUGGACGGUCCCAACAUCAAUCAAGUAACGAUUUCGAGGACUUGGACCUUACCGAUCUCAGUAGAACACCCGACUCUACAGUGGACUGGGACGACUCUGAUAUUGAUAUUACUGAGGUAUACAGCUUAAUGAAAAAACUUGCAGAUAAAAUCAAGAAACACAUCCAAUCCAGACAAGCCGACAAUGGUGAGAGAAAUCCUCUACCAAAUGGAAGACCUUUUCCAUUAACAUCAAAGGACAACGUCGAUUGGUUUUUGAAGUUUCAGUAACUUAUGGUAAAGAUGCACGAUUUGUUUGCUUCGUACGAAUCAAACAAUGUUUUAGUCUUACUUUUUUAGAAAUCCUCAGAUGUGUUAAGCUAGAUAUUUAUAAUUAAAAAUAUAUAAUAUUGUUUAUCCAAAGAAAACUAUUAUGUUAUUUUCUUCAGUUGACGUAGAUUUCGGGUUACGUACUUUAGUACUUUUAUUGAAAAUAUAAAUAAUUUUUACUUGUUAACGAUGAAACUAAAUAUUCCGUGUUCUUUGUAACAAUUGAUGUUGGAGAAUAAAGUAGACAUUUUCUGUGUAUGAAACGUU